AUGCUGCCUGCACCUUCAGGGCUCAGGAUGCGGUGGCGGAUCAACGCUGUCGACGUUUUUCUAAGAAGAGUCAACGCGGCUAUCUUGGAGGCGGGUCUCCAGGGUCAGAAGCUGGGCGUCACAAACGGCUACCUCACUAUGCCCACACCCAAGAGCGCAGAGGCAGCCGCGCUCAUCCUCGAAGCCUGCCGCGCGCACGCGCACACCCUGCGGCCUCUCGUGAUGACUGGAGUUCCUGCCUGCGGACUGAGACCAGACAAAGGCGCAUUCUCCUCGUGCACACACUCGACCCACCUUUUCUACGCGUCUGCUGUUCCAAUCAACCGCUACACUAACGGAAUAGGUGUGGUGUGCAAAGCUUUCGGCGAUGAAGAUGUACAGAAGUUUCAGCUGCAUGUUGCGGAGGUCGUGCUGGUCGCACAGUAUUACGGUGCGUUGCAAAUUGCCGCUUGCCGCGCAGCGGCAGCAGGAAGGAAGGCAAAGGUGUUUCUCAUGCCACUAGGCGGAGGUGUCUUCAACAAUCCGUGGGAGGUCAUUGUGAAGGCCAUGGCGUUGGCCGCCGAACUGCUGGCCGAAGAAGAACACAGUCGACUAGACAUCAAGGCCCUUGCGUUUCAUCGAGGGACAUCAAGGCGGACUGAGGACGUUCCCGAGAGGGUGAUGCUGACGCAGCUUCUCAGGAGGCACCGCAAGCUUGCUGGAGGUGGCUGCGAGACAUGA